CUCUGUAAUAUUUUCCCUUUCUGAAUACAAUACACAAUUACCAAGUUUAGCUUGGUAUUAGAGCCAAUAAUCCUCUCUCUAAAAAUCGGCACCUCCUAACGUAACCCUAAUCCAGCCGUCACCUGCCUCCCUGCUGCUGCCGCCUACCACCUGCUGCCCACUACCAUUUUUCCGCUACUUCUCUUCAUCAUGACUACUCUCACUACAUUCUCUUCAGCAGAAAAGACAUCUCACAACUCCCAUAAGUUUGGCUUCACCCUUUCUCCUACAAACUAUGGAUAUUGGAAGGCUAUGAUUCAAUCGUUUCUCAUCACCACCAAUCUUUUUGGCUAUGUUGAUGGCACAAUCCCAUGCCCUGCACCUCUGGUCACAACACCUCUACAUCUCUGGUCACAACACCAGGUAAAGAAGGAGGUCCCGUUACUACUACAUCCAAUCCUAGUCAUUCAAUUUGGAUCUCAAAUGAUGCACAUGUUCGUAUGCUCCUCAUGUCAACCAUUUCAGAAGCAUCAUUCCAACAUGUCUAAGGUACAACUUCUCGUGAUCUCUAGCUAACCCUUGGACCACUACAAGAAUAAGCAUAUAUAGAGACGGGAUCUACAGGGACGACAUAUGUCGUUGCUAUACACGCCCUAUAGGGGACGCCAUGUCGUCUCCAUAGAGUUUGACUUUCCUUCUACUCACCACAAUUACCGUGUUCUCAAUAUGCUAAGCGGGAAAGAAAGUAGGAAAGGCGCGGUUUUGGGGAAGGCAACAAGUCGUCCCCAUAGCUUUCUAUGCCUUAAAUCAGGAGAACAACCUUCUUCGCUUCAUUCACGCACACUUAAUCAUCGGUCUCGCUCUCAAGAGAGAUAGAGAGAGAGAGAGAUCGGAGAUUCUCCUCCAGCGAUUUCCUCACCUCCCACUCCUUGUGAAUGUUCUUCCUCUCUCCAUAGAUUAUGAUACUAGUUUCCGAGCACAAUCGUCGGGCUCAACAAUGACGAUUAGUUUCAACGCCGAUCUGACUACCGACUUCCUUUUCACAUCCGGUUAUGAAUUCUAUCGAAUACAAGCUCCACGCCCGCUAUCAGGUUUUUGUAGAUUUGUUCAUUGAUCCACAGCGAAUGUUAAUUCUUAUUGUUGCAACUGCUUUUAGAACAAUUGGAUAUGAAAUUGAGGUUUACUCACUUAAAGAGGGGCCUACUAUAAUUGACUGGCUCAACUAUGAUGUCAUACUUACGAGUUCUUUUCAAGCAAAAGAAGCAAAUUACAGGGUCAUCCAUGGAUAUGUGAAAAUGGGGUUGCUCCAGAUAGAGCACUUGAUCCUGCUGUUCUUUCUCGUUUGAAGCAGUUCUCAGCAAUGAAUAAGUUAAAGAAGAUGGCUUUAAGGGUAAUAGCUGAAAGCUUGUCAGAAGAAGAGAUUGCAGGUUUGAGGGAAAUGUUCAAGUCAAUGGAUACAGAGAUUCGAGACCUUAUGGAUGCAGUGUGAAGGUGGUGAUGCAAGCAAGUAAACAAAUUGGAUGAAACUUUUAAACAAUUUCAGAUUGUGUAGUAUGUUUUGAAAACUGGAAAAAUAAACAUAAAACAGGAGCUGAAUGUGAAUUUUGUACAACAUCUAUGGGGACGACACGUCGUUGCUAUAGGUCUAGCUAUGGUGACGACAUUUCGUCUCUAUAGGUCCAACAAUGGGGACGACAACCAUGAACCAACAACGACGAUAUGUCAUCUUUAAAGCUACCUAUGGCGACGAUAUCUACAGCGACGAAAAAAGCUAUCUAUUGCGACGGGGCUAUAGCAACAAAGGCAUAUAGAGACGACUUGUCCUCACAGCCAUCUAUAGGGACGACUUUCUAACCUAUAGAGACGACAAAUGUCGUCCCUAUAGGUCCCUUUUCUUGUAGUGAACGU